AUGGAAGUGGUUGUGCUUCCUGGCAUGGCUGGAGCAGAGGGUCCAAGUCUCCGCUCCGUAGAGGAGUGUCAUAAGAACGGCGGCCUUGUACAACUUCAGUCUGGUAUUCAGUUGCGUGCCCUGACGAUUCCACACGGAGAUUUGCAGUCGGCCAAAGGGAUGGCCGGCUUUGGAGAUCCGGUGGGCAACCUCAUUGUCGAUUCUGGUGCUGUUGGGAAGUGUGUUUCCGAGGUGAGGAAAGAUGUUCACGGUUUUGGAUUGGUGGCCGUCGAUAGUGAUUCAAUGAGGAGUGCAGUAUUGCGUGUUGGGUGAGGGUUGGUGCAUGACCACCGUUUUUUUCGUGUUGAUAGUCAGGUCGAAGUAGGCGCGACCGGUGGCGAGGUGGUUCAUGCUGCGUUGCAUGUCCACCUCGGUCGGGUUGUUGUUAGCGCAGUCAUCGGCGAAGAGCAGAUCAUGCACUGCAGUUGCAGAUAGCUGGGAUGGGUGCUUGCAUGCGCCUGCUGUUGAGAAUAUGCCCAUCAGUUCCGUAGGCGAUGCAUAUCCCAGAGCGAUCAUCGCGGUAGACGUCCAUCAGCAUGGCAGCGAACAUGAGCCUGAAGAGGGAUUAGGGUGAGUACGGAUCCCUGCUUCACUCCACUGGUUACUGCGAAUGCCUCGGAGACUUCGCCGUUGUUCGUGACGCGCGCCAUCACUUCGUGGUGAGACGGACGCAACAUGUGUCAGGAGUCCUUGCUCGAUGUGGCCAUUGAGAAGAUUAAGGGGGAUGCAGAUGAAGAUCUUCCCGUCGACGUUGAGAUGUGAGUCUUCCCCGUGAUUAUCGCACACUUACCUGUUGCCUAUUUGCUUAUAAGCGCGAACAAUGGUUGUGUCCUUUAUUUCCUCAGCAACUUAUCCGCAGUGCCGCAUCUCCCGAAAUAGCGUGGUGAGUUUGUUCAUUAGACAGUGGUCGCCAUGCUUGUCGAUUUCGGUUGAGAUAGCGUUGGAUGCUGAUGGUUUCUCGCCGGAGGGUUGUUACACUGCGCAAAUGUUUUCUGGAAAGGAGGGCGGGAGAUCUAGUUUGACGUUGAUUUCCAGGUGGGGGAGCCGGUUGAUGGCAGUGUCGGAGAUGGUGGAGGGGUGGUCAAGGACGCUGCUGAAGUGCUCGGCCCAGCGAUUCAGAAUCUGCGACUACUCCGUCAGAAGCGUUAAUCCAUCGGAACUGAGAAGCGGUGCAGUUCAUUUGGUGGUGUGAGAGGGGGAUUAGGGCGUAGAUUGCCUUGAUUGCAGCGAAGAUAUUCUUUGAGUCGUGGCGGUCGCCUACGCCUGGGUCUCCACGACCUUGCCAGCCAUCCAGGAAUCCUGCAUCUCUCGCAGUCGUUGCUGUGAUAGACGCCGACAUUAUUGAACGGCCGCUCUGUGUGCAUUGGCUGGACCAUCUACUGGGGUCUAUGCACCAUGUUUUUUGAGCCGGGCAGUUAGCUGAUGGCUGUGUCCUGGUGUUAAAACGUGCGCGGCCGAGGACAGCCAGGGUGGUCGAAUGGACGGUGUCCCGCAGUUGGCACUAGGGAGUCUGUGAGGUGGCAAUGACGUUCGGGGCUGGCAGGUCUUCCAGAUACUGAGCCAACGGAUUGUUAAAAUGCAAACGGUGCGCAGACAGAAUUAACCAGGCAGUAUUCAACUUACCUUGUCGUCGCUUACCUUGAGCUCCUUGCGGGCUUUCUGGUGGAGCAUCACCUUGGAGCUGACGAAGCGAUGGUCGAACCAGCCAUCGGCGUCGCAGACUGUCCUGAUCACCAGCACGUCCUGUGCAUCGCUCCGCCGAAUAAGAACGUAGUCCAGCAGCUGCCAGCCCCUCGAUCGGGGGUGUAUCCUAGGUGGCCUUCUUUCGUAUCAGCAGGCGGAAUAGCGUGUUGGUCAGUAUCAGGCGAUGUUCAGCGCAGGUUUGCAGGGGGAGAAGGAGGCCACUGUCGUUGCGGCCAGCUAUUCCGUGAGGACUCAUCACUCCCCUUCAGGCAGCGCAAUCUGUCCUGAUGCGGGCAUUGAAGUCAUAAAGGACAAUCAGCUAAUUCACCUUCGGCACAGAUGGCAGGAGUGUGUGCCGGUCUGCACAGAACUUUGUUUUGGGUUCGAGUGAGAAUCCAAAACUUCAGUCCCAUAAACUUCUUGUUCCAGUGAUGACAUCUCCUUCUACAGAACUUUGUCUUCUCCUCGUCAGAGCUGACGGGCGUAGUCGCUAAUGAUGGCGGUGAAUUGACCUCAUCGGAGAGGCAGACGGAGGUUCACCAGUCGGUCGUUGAUGCCCUGCGGCAAAUAGGGUAG